GUCACGUGGUCACGUCUGACAAAGCGCGUCACGUUGUCCGCCGGUCCGAGCACCGAAGCCAGCCCCACCAGACGACGGACGGUCAUGGCGGGAGACGAGCCCGGCCAGGAGGCCAGCCCGGAGCGGCAGACGGCCGAGCUGGGGGCAGGGCAGGGGGCGGCCCAGCAUAGCGCAGAGGCGGGAGCCGCGGAAGACAGGAUCAAACCAGGGCAACUGAAGACGGAGACGGGAGAGCCGAGCGCCGACGAUAAGCCCGAGAAACACGGCAUAACCCCCGAGCUCGUGCAGACGUUCCUCGACCGCUUCCUACCAGCCGGCAACCGAUCUGUCGUCAAGGCCUACAAGUACUGGCCUGUGGCCACGCUGGGGGAGGGCUACACGACCGUGAGAAAAGUUCUGGAGGUUACGUACUGCGAUGAGGUCAAGGAGAAAGAGGAGGUCGUCAACUUCGUCGUCAAACUGCCCGGCGGGAUGUUCGUCAAAGAGUGCCGCGACUUCGGGCUGUACGAGCGCGAGGUGGUCAUGUACGCCCAGGUGGUGGAGGUGUUCCGCCAGCUACUGACGUCUCGCGGCCAGCCCGUGCUGCUGCCGUUCGCCCGGCUGGCUUACGGCACGAUGCUGAAGGACGGCCAGAUCCUGGACGAGCGCGGCCAGCUGGCGGCCGACCAGCGGCUGGGCGAAAUGAUGGUGCUGGAGAUGCUCACGGGCUACGAGGUCGUCGACAAGAAGGUGGGGUUUGACCUGGAUCACGUGCGGCUGGUGCUGCCGGCCAUGGCUCGUUUCCACGCGAUGGGCUACGUGCUACACCAGAAACAUUCUGAAAGAGCCGAUCGUCUACGCAGCGUGCGUCUCGAGAUGCCGGACGACCUGUCCCAGUUCGGCCUGGCCCUGAAGCCCAUUCUGGCCGUGCUGGAGCACGAGGGCCUUCUGUCAGAGGCAGCCGCUGUGGACAGAGUCACCAGCGCCAAUCACUUCAUAGACGGCUUCAACCGUACCUUCACAGAAGAUCUGGACGUGGUAACGCUGGUCCAUGGUGAUCUCUGGAUCAGCAAUAUGAUGUUUAAGUACCGCACAGAUGAGGACGGCGUGCGCCACCCGGAGGACAUCAAGUUCUUGGACCUGCAGACGUCACGCUUCGGCGACCCGGCCUUUGACAUCAUAUACUGCAUGCUGACCUCGACGCGCCGAGCUUUGCGCCGCCAGCACUUCCGGGACAUGCUGAGCUGGUACGUGGCAGCGUUCCGGACUCAGCUAGAGGAACUGGGAGAGAAGCCGGACCAGCUGGCCCCCUGGCUCAGUGUCGACAGACUCUACAGCAUGUACGGAAAUGCGCUAAGCAACAGCUGGAUCCAGGCAGAGCAGGUAGUCCAGAUGCUGUUUUCGUCAGAGGAAGAUCGGAGCUUGAUCUUCUCCAGCAACGACAAAGAGGCAGCUCCAAAAGCCAUACAAACGAUGACGGAGCGGUGGCUUGCAGGAAAAUGUACCCCGGAACUUACAGUUCGAAUUCUGGAGAUCAUCGACGAGCUGGAAGAGUUUGGUUGUUUAAAAUAACGCCCAAACACGCUUUUCUGCGAGAUGUCCAGAGCACAAUGCUCCACAUAUUGCAACAAAUUGGUUUCGAGAAACGAAACGGGAAAUCGAGCGAGCUUUAGAAGGUUUCCUCCCAAGUUUCGCGAGUCCUGAAGCGCUGUCUCGGGAUACCUGUUACCGUGCCGCGCGUGUAGCUUAGAAACCAUACUGAUCCUGCUGGCAGUAUUUAUACUGUAGAUGUUAUGUUGAAUACCCUGUCAUUGAUGCUGAUCAGCGUGUGGGCCGUUCAACUAGUUCCACAUGAUUAUCACUCCUCAUCUACCCAGGGCCAUCCGCGCAGCUGAGUACCCUGGUCUGCCUGAGUGAAGGCUAAGCAGUUCUAGUAGUGCCCAUGUGUUAAAAAUAUCGUUCGUCAGGUUUCACUUAACUGGAGAAUCCUACUUUUUCACUUUCCACGCAUAGCAAAAUCACGGGGUCAAAAUUCAUAGGCAAAACCAUCUUUCUAGCAAUCCUUUAAAAAACUCAGAAAUUGGUUUUGAAGCAGCCGCUUCGACAGGAGGAAUCUCGUUGAGCUCCCUCCUCACCACUACGCAAUUAAUAAUUUCUCUUUGUUUGGCGUUUUCCAAUAUAUGUGUUAUGUGCUAUCCACGGCAUACCAAUUCGCCAAUAUCCUCCUGUAAUAACUGGGAUGAGUGCUUGAAAGCCUCUAUUUAGGGAAAUAUAUAUAUCCACAUAUAAGGGUAGCCUCACGAGAAUUCAACGAAACUUUUGCUCUGACAUGCAUUUCCCCCCGAUCGCGUGUAACAUAGUGACUCUGUUCGAAGGGUUCUCUGGCUCUGGCAAGCAUUGUUUACCAGUAUGCUUAUUUUGCGCAAGUCUGCCUUUUAAUGCAGGUUUACUCUAUCGAUAUGUCAGCUGCUGUAGUGACGCACAUGUUCCAGUAAUGCACUAUUCGCCAAAUGCUUAUGCCGCGCGCUAUGAUAAUUACAAGAAUUCCUGGCUACUGACAACAUUCAUACCUGAUCAACACGUGGUUGUAACACAUGUCCCGACUGCAGUCAUGAUGUACUGGAGCAUUAUGUAGUUUUAAUGAAGAUAUUUGUCUCCAUGUCAGCUUCAGCUUUGCCUCACAUUAUUCCACUCACUACCCACUCUAACCAUCAUUAUUAUGAGAGUGGGUUGGGUGAGGUGGGAGGUGAAGAGCUGUGCCUGGUCUUUCCUAACGGGCGGUGUCCUGGUCCCUCCCGAGGCGUCGCACACCAACGGACAGAUUCAGUUACCGCCGUGCACAACCCUGCAUCCCGGACGGUCCAAACUGGUCCCUGGUCACACCAUGACCUACGCAUCUUCAUGUCGUCACGCCUGAGGUCCAGUAGGAGACAACGAAAUUAGUCGACCGUCUCCUGGCCCGAAAGUAAAUAAAACCAUGCCUUCGAGUUACGCCACCCAUCAAACGUAUUUCUGCGUGAGAACGAGGCUGCGAUCGUCUGGUUCCUGACUCGUAACCAUCCGAGCCCUUUCCUCGGGCGUAUUCCGCGCUUUUCACCUCUCCCAGGCAUUACCACUCCUGUGACUCGACCCCGUAAAAAGGGAGCAUGACGCAAACCGAGUAAAAGCCUGCCCGCCUGGUGGGAGCGUCACCUGACCGAUUUGAAAGCCAUUGCUACGCCAAGUUGGCCGUCCUGC